AUGAACACGCACCUCUGCCGCAAAAUUAUCCUUAAACUUGUGCCCUUUACAAAUAAAUAUCUUGAUCAGAGUGUGGGUGUCUUCUUUUUUCCCCUGGGGAUUGUCCUUUGUCGCUAUUUUGAGUCUGAGAAGAUUGAUUUUACCGGCAAGAAGGUGCUUGAACUGGGCUCUGGCACUGGAAUUGUGGGCAUAUUGACGGUGUUAUUGGGUGGAGAUGUCACCAUGACGGAUAGACCGUACGUUUUGAAACAAAUCGAAUAUAACAUACUGGCUAACAUUCCAGUCAGCUCUCGGCACCGUUCGAAAAUCCGCGCCCUGGCUUGGGGUAGCGACCAGAACAGUUUCCCAACCGACUUUGAUAUCAUUCUGGGUUCGGACAUCGUGUACAGCCCAUCGCAAUUUCCGAAUCUUAUACAGACAUUGCUGUAUUUCUGCAAAGACAAGACCGUAAUUUAUCUGUGUUCGGAUGUGAAGUAUCGGGAGGGAUCGGCUGAAUUCCACGAGGACCUCUUACCGGUGCAAUUUCACAGCCAGCUCAUUCAUACCAGCGGGAGCAGUUGCAUUUACAAAGUGACCAAAAAAGUUUCAGACGACGAAGACUAG